UCGAUAAAAACUUCUUGUCACUUUUAUCUUCAAUUCCUCUUCGGGAGCUUUAACACCUUUUGUUUUCUAGAGAAAUAUACACUACAUAGCAAAAAGGGGGAACUAGAGAUUACCAGCAGCCCCCCUCCUCUUCUCAGGCGCAUAAUAUCCUCUUGUGGACCCAAUCAGCCUCUGUUUUUAUGUUAUCUCUUUGGUUUUAGUGUGGCAUACACACACACGCAGUGGGGAUGAUUGUCUGGGCAGAUGGUGCUCAGUGUGUGGACUAGAAGCUGAGACCAGGCGGAGAGGGACAGACUCGUCGUCCAUCAUGGGAUGCUGCAGUGUGACCCAGAGGCAUACUGGAGUGGACGAGGUUGGCCCUGAUGAGAUAGAGCUCCUGGAACUCUCUGGAGACAAUUUAGGGGUGUGGAGUCUGGGAGAAACCAGGCUUCAACUUUCAGUAAGGACCAGCAGAGAUGAGCAGCAGCAGCAGCAGCAGCAGCAGCAGCAACCGCCCCCGCGCUACCCUUCAAUACGACGUCUGGAACAAGAGGUGAUGCUGUGGGGCAGGAGCAAAGACGAGUUGCACCACAGGAUUUACUCCCAGCAGCCAAUAAGGGAGUGGGAGGGCCAACCAGCCCACAUGUAUGGAGAGAUAAUCCAUUCCUCUCUGAUGCCUCUCUACGACAGCUACACACAGGAAACCAGUGAACACUUCCUGGUGUUGUUCUCUUCUCAACUGCUUAUCCUCUCCCUGGACCACUCUCGACAAGACUUCAUUUAUGAGGGCAUCCUUCCCCUUUCUGGACUUUCUUUACGAGCCGUCUCCCUGGACCCUGACACGUCACAUUCACCACACAUGUUUGAAAUCAGCAGUCCAAUGGUGGACUCCAAGGUCUUCAUAUGUCCCAGUGCUGCAGAGUUACAGAAAUGGAUGCAGCUCAUAGAAGACAGGAGAUACCAGUCACUGACACAACCCAUGACUCCCUCCCACGGCACUCUCUCCUAUCUUCUACCCUGUGAUGAGCUCUGGAAAAGAGAAGAACUGAAAAAAUACUUACUACGAGCUCCGAUAUGGCAGUGGGAGGGCUCGCCGAUACAGCACAUGGGAGAGCCGGGAUACAUAUCUAUCGUCCAUAUCAUCACACAGAGACAGGGACUCCAAGAAAGACUGAUGGUCCUUUUUCCUCAAGACGUCCUGCUACUCUCAGUUGACAACAAUCGACUGAAUCUAAGAUAUGAGGGCAGGUUGGCUCGAAACAGCAUCAAAGCAGUGGAGCGGUCAGCCUUGCCUGGACGGCUGGAGUUUGAGCUGAUCGGUGAGCUGGUGGAAACCCUGCAGGUCUCUUGUGUCUGUCUGGAGGAUUAUCGGAACUGGAUGUUUCAAUUACAACAGCCAGACAGAAACAGCCAUGUUAUUGGGUGUCACGCUGGACCUCCAGUCAUGCCAAAGCUGCAGAGGAGCAGGAAGGAGUCCCAGGAACCGAUCAUAACAGCCGACCAAUGUCAUAUCAAUGGACGCAGCUGACUCAUUAGAAUGUGGAAAAUUCACUGUUAUUAUAAAUCUAAAAUAAAAUGUGUAGAUAGUAUAUUUGAAUUUAAACACUUUGUUUAUCCCCGAGGGGCAAUUGCAAAGACCUAGGUUUUGAACAAUUCACAUUGAGAAACAUCAUAAUAAACAACCUAAUAAUAACUAAACGUUACCAUUAUAGUUCAAUAUAGAAUUAAAGCCUUCUAAUUUGCAGACGGAUGAGGUAACAGUCCAAUGUUGAAAGCAAUUUAUAAGUCACUGAUUGAGUGUGUGUGUGUGUGCGUGAGUAUUUGCUGGGGAGCGAAAUAGGUAGUGAUCGGGGUAAGAAGGGUUUCAGGGAUGGUUGAGAGUUGAGGAGCUGAACGGCACAAAGGUUGCUCUUCUCCUCUGAGUUCUGCAGCCUGGACAGUGCAGCCGACGUCCUGAGGGAAGCCACUCAAAUGAAGGGAACAGAACAUGUGAAGGGUCCUGUACGAUCCUUCCAGCUAACCUCAGCAUCUGCUGCUCACAUAUGGUGGAGAGGGCUCUGACAGGGAAUCCAAUCAUCUUGGAGCAGACUUUGACUGAGCUUUGCAGGCAGUUUCUGCUUUGCAGACUGAUGGAGUAGAAUCAGCAUGAAAAGGAGAAUGUCAUAACGCUCUCAAUGAAGGAGUAGUAGAAAGUUUUGAGGAUGUACUUGCUAACCCUAAAUGAGUUGAGCUUCCUCAGGAGAAAUUGCCGCUGCUGGCACGUCCUAAGGAUCUCCUCAGUGUUUCAAAUUUCAUAAGAUUGUCGAACAUUGUGCCCAAGUACUUCUACUCACCAACAAUUUCUGCAUUCUUCUCGUGAAUAGUGUUGCAGUCCGCCACGGCCAGUUCGCUCUUCUUGGUGGAAGAGGUCACUACCAUCUCCUUGUUCUUGUUUACAUCAAGUUCCAGGCAGGAUUUAUCACACCAUUCCACAAACUCAUGAAGAGCUGGGGCAUGGUGCUGUAGGGAGCCUGAAAGCAAAGAUAGAAGAACUGUAUCGUCAGCGAACUUGAGCAAGUGAGACUUGGCUGGGGGACCUACAAUCAUCGGUGUAAAGAAUGAAGAAGUGAAAGGAUACAGCCUUGAGGGGAACCAGUUGAUGUGUACAGGACAUCAGAUAAAUUGCCACUGACCAGGACUCUGUGACCUGUUCGUAAGAAAGUCCAUUAUCCACAAAAUGAGUUGGUUGUCUAGGUGAAAAUGAGUAGAGAGUUUCUCAUCCAUAAUAUGUGGCAGCAAGGUGUUAAAUGUCGAGGGGAAAUCUGCAAACAGAGAUCUGGCUGAAGUGUUGGGAGAUUCCAGAUUCAUGUGGAUAGAGUCUGUAAUAAAUACCUUCACCCACCCCUCUAUCUGUGUGGUUGGCAAACUGAAGUGGGUCCAUCUGAGAGUCUGUUGCCUUGAUAAUAUGAUUUUUGAUGACCCUCUCCUUAGCUUUCAUUACCAAAGAGGGGAGAGCCACAGGCCUGAGGUCACUGAUGAUUUUAAUAGUACCUUUUUUUUGGUAUGGGAUUAACUAUGGAGUCCUUCCACAGCUGAGGGAUUGUGCCAUCAUCCAAGGAUCUCUGGAACAACACCUGUAUGACGCGUCGCAGCUGCUCGGCACAGUACCUCAGGGUACUACCACUGAUGUUAUCUGGGCCAGUUGCUGUGUUGAUUUUUGUCUUCUUGAGGGCUCUCACCACAUUGUUUGUGUUAAUGGUGAGGGAGGAGUCGCCAGGUUUGAAUUUGGAGAUGGCCUCAAUGAGCUGAAUGCUGUUAUCUGUCUCAAAUCUAGUGAAAAAGGAAUUGAGGUCAUUAGGGAAUAAUGCUGGGCUGCUGCCUGCAACGUGAUGUUGCUUGCAGGAAGUGGGUGCAGUAUUCACAGCUACCAUGUUCUUGAUGCCUUGCCAAGCUGUGCGGGUGUUCUCUUUCGUAAAUGAAUGUUCAACCUUGUCUUUUUUUAAUUUAGCAAUUUUGAUGGCUUGCUUAACUUCUCUAUUGACCUUCUUUUUUUUCAGUUUCAGAGCCAGAGAAGAACCCUCUCUUUUUCUUGUUCAGUAUUUCCUUGAUGCUUUCCAAGGUUUACUGUUGAGAGAGAUAGUAACUUUUUCGAUGGGGAUGAUUAUUGUCCACACAAGAGGAGAUAUAUAAUGAGACCGUGUCCACUUGCUCAUUAAUGUUGCUGAAUGGAGCUAUAAGGUUUUUCCUGUCCAUAGCUUCAAAGCAUGACCCUGUAGCCUGUUAGUGCUUUCAUCAGUCCACUGUUGAAUAGUUUUAAUUACCUAAUUAGACCUCAGUACAACCGGCAAGUAAGCUGGUGCAAGCAAAAGUGAGGGUGUCAGCUGAAUCAAGAGGUGGUAGGGCAACAGAUUUAUAUGGCUCUGGAACUAGGCCGCAGCAUUUAUCCAGUAUCUUCCCCCAGCGGGUUGUGCAGGUGACUUAUUGGUGAAAUUUAUAUUUUUUUAAACUGUAUCAACUGAAUAGUGGUUAAAAUCAAAAUGAUCUAUGGCUGUGGCUGCAUUCACUCUAGGAUGAAUAUAAACCAGGAUAAAAAAGAGUGCUGUGGGAGUUCCCUAAGAGGUAGAUAUUAGUUUUAUAUAUGAUUGUGCCACAAAAUGGAGAUAUAGCAGUGAACAGGUUCUGAAAUGUUCUCACCUUAAGUCUGAUAUAUUUGGGUGAUUUUGUCACUCUGAGGGACUGAGAAGAUACUUAUAGUUCUCUUUCAUGUGGGAGCAAACAGAAACAAGGUCAUGACCCAGUUUAAGUCCAUACCACAGCUGAAUAAAUGUUAGAGUUAGAGACUGUAGAGCUGUAAAAGUUACUAAAGAAAAUAGAUCUAAACAUACUGUACAUAUUUAACUUUGAUGUUUUUACCAUGCAAUAUUUUGACUUUUUCACAAUAAACUGUUUAAAAACUC